GCGUACUCACAGCCGACCGGUUAUCAAACUCGUUUUUGACGUGUUUCUUUACCGAUGGAUCAUAGGCCGCCUCGCCGCCAUUUUUGUUCCGGCCGGAUCCGUGUGUGCAGGGGGAGUCGCGUGCUGCAAGUUAAGGGUCCCAGCAACUCUGUCGAUGCGGAGGUCACGGCCGCCACCGCCGACCCCGUCGAGGGCACCAGCGCGAGCGGGCCGCCGGCGAUGGACAUUGAGGAGAGCUGGCUCGUUAUCGACGAUGCAGUCGACCACCUGCUGCACCGCGCUGGCGAGCACGGAGCUGUGUUUCAGCCAUCCCCAGUACCCAUGGCCGCAAGUUCGAGUGGCAUGCUCUACGUGGAGAAUGAGACGGUUGUCGAGUUCAAAGAGCUAACCUCGGCGGUCGACUUAACCCGCGCCCUGGUGUGGGUCUGAGCCACCUUCGCCCUGGUGGGGGGGGGGGGCCAAAAUGACCCCCCCCCGUCUAACUCGAAAACGAAGAGGGCUAGGAAGACGCGGAAAAAA